AUGGCAAAGGUGACCAGUGAACCACAGGAGCCUAAUGAAGGUGUGGACAAACAGACCCCACCAAUCCCAAGUACCAAAGGGAGGAAGAAGGGGAAGACUCCCUGUCAACGAAGGUCCAGAUGUGGCGUUAAGGGCCUAAAGACCACCAUGAAGGCGAAAAGACCCCUUCAAGGGAGCACCAGCAAAAAAGCCUCUGAAAGUAACACCCCUACAGGAAAACCUAAGAAAGCUAGAGGAACAACACCGCGUGGUCACUAUCGCCGGCUGAAAGAAAAAAUGAAGAAAGAAGAGGCCGACAAAGACCAAGAGACUAGACCUCAGCUCUGUGAUGUCUCUAGAGGUCUGCCACUGAAAAGUCAUCAAACAUACAGACAGUGAAUUCUACACCAACAGGUUAAAA